AAUUCCAGAAUUUGAAAUAAGAGCUUCUUACUUCUUAUCUGGGGACCUUAAAAUAAGAGUUUUCUUCUUAAUUUAAGAAAUCAAACUUUUAGAGUGUCAUCAGCAAUUGCACAUCAUAAAUAUUUAUUAUAGCUUAAUUUAUGCUAGUUUUGACUGCCAAAUAGCAAAUACAAGUCGGCGCACGGCUACCAUACGAAUAGCCACUGCGAUAAACCAAACAUCAAAUAGAGCUAAACGUUUUUCAGGUUAAGAAUGAAUGAUCGGCACUUUGAAACAACGGCCGCAGCACAUCAGUGGCAGCAUUCAGAGCAGCCACAGCCUAUUUGUGUGCCCAUCUACGCAUCAUCAACAUUCAAGACUGGAACGGUUGAGCAUGCAUGUGGUCUGGCUGAAAGCAAGGAUGAAGGAUAUUUCUACACGCGAUGGAAUAAUCCUACAGUAGAAGCAGCAGCACAAGCAUUGAAUAAACUUGAGGGUGGAGCAGGGACAAUGAUGUUCUCUUCAGGAAUGGCUGCUAUUUCUACGGCUUUGCUAGCUACUCUUCAUGCUGGUGAUCAUGUGGUGGCACCCAAAGUUGUAUACAGUGGAACUCUACAUCUGAUAAAGAAUUUGCUGCCAAUGUAUGGCAUAGAAGUUAGCUUGAUAGAUGCAGGGAAGACUGCGGAUAUUAUUCAAGCCUACAAAGAUGCUGUUAAAGAAAAUACUAAGGUUUUAUAUGGUGAGACACCUUGUAACCCAAUGAUGACUAUUCUUGACCUAGAGGAAUUUGGCCGGCUGGGAAAAAGCUUUGGGAGAAAUAUUGUAACCAUGGUAGAUAGCACUUUUGCAUCUCCAUUCAUUCAGAAUCCAGUCCGACAUGGAGUGGAUGUAGUCAUUCAUAGCUGCUCAAAGUACAUUGGUGGUCACAGUGACAUCAUAGCAGGUGCUAUUACAGCUGCUACUCCUGAACUUGCACAUAAGAUUCAUGAUACACAAAAGAUUUUGGGUGGGUGCCUGUCUCCUUUCGAUGGUUUUCUGUUACUGCGUGGUAUCAAAACCCUGCAUGUUCGUAUGGAGAGACACUCUGCUAAUGCCAUGGAUAUAGCAUCAUUCCUUCAAAACCAUCCAAAGGUAACCACUGUGCAUUAUCCUGGUUUGUCGACUCAUCCUCAUCACAGUUUGGCGAAGAAGCAGAUGAAACAUUUUGGUGGCAUGUUGUGUUUUGAAGUCAAAGGUGGAUUAGCUGAAGCUACCACAUUUGUUGAGAGUCUGAAGGUAAUUAAACUUGCUGUAUCACUUGGAGGGACAGACAGUCUUGCUGAAGUGGUGUCUGUUAUGACGCAUACUGACAAAUAUAUGACGCCAGAAAUGAAAGAAGAGGGAGGAAUUAAAGACUCUCUUGUCAGAAUAAGUAUUGGGCUUGAACAUGUUGAUGAUCUUAAAAAGGACAUUCAACAAGCUUUGGAGAAGAUUCCCUGAUCUUUCCAAUCCUUGAAAGGGACCAAAGAAUGAUAACUGCUGCAUUCAACAAAAAUUACUGAAGCAUACUAAAAUCUUACUUGAACUUUGCUAAAAUCAAUAUUUCAAAAUUUUCAGGGGAAGGAAUUUUAAACACUGUGUAAAAAUAUUUACUGCAGAUGUACUAAAUGGUUUGACAUUAUUCCUUUGUGGGAGUAAAUGAAGAAAUAGAAAAUGUGCGCGCAUGCUAUGCGCUGUCAUAAAGCAUGCAGGGGUUGGCAGAACACGAGAGAAGUGUUAGGAGAAGCACGACAGGUAGCGGAGUGCU